AUGGAUAGUUUAUCGACUUCCGACAUGAAUAAUAAUACAGUAUCGCACUCAAAGAAAGUCAAGUCAAACCCGGUGAACGAAACGAAGAAAUUAUUUGGUGUUGGCCAGAUUAAACAACUUCAUUUGCUCAACUUUUUGUGUCAUCAAAACUUUUCCAUUGAAUUUCAUCCAAAUCAUUUACAAUUGAUCAACGGUGCUAAUGGGUCAGGGAAGUCCACUAUAGCAAACGCCAUUGGAUUAUGUCUAGGAGCGCAAGCAAGAAGUACCGGACGAACAGCGAAUAUUCAGUCAUUUAUUCGACAAGGAGAAACAUCAGCUCAAAUAGCGAUUACUUUAGCGAAUGAGGGACCUGAAGCAUACAAACCCCACCUAUACGGUGAAGAGAUUCAAAUUGUUCGAAAAAUUGGCUUGCGACAAUCUAGUUAUGCAAUCCUGAAUGUCAAUGGGGACAUAAUCAGUAGACAUAAAAGCGACAUAGAGGAGAUCCUACAAGCUUUGUCUAUAUCACCAGCAAACCCAUUGUGCAUUCUACAUCAAGAUAUAGCCAAAAAAUUUCUCGUACAUAGUGAUUCGAAGAAAAGGUUUCAAUUCUUUAUGAAUGUAUCACAAUUAGAUCAGAUGAAGCAAGCAUAUGAACAAAGUAUUUACACUGUGGAUUUGUUAGUCCAAUGUGUUGAUGCUAUGAAAGAGAAACAUCGGAAUAUGUUGAGAGCUCUAGAGCCAUUAGAACAACAAGUGAAAAGAAUCGAACUUCGGCGCGAUUAUGAAGCAAAACGAUGUGCAUUAAGUAAAGAACUGAAAUCAGUGCGUAAUGACAAGAUUCGACAGAAAAUCUUCGAACUCCAACAGAAAUUAGACGAGACAGAAACUCGAAAAAAUGAGAUCGAUGUCGAAAUCAAUAAAAAGACGAAAGAAAUGAAUGCGAUCAAGCAAAAAUUAAAACUCUACUCAACGGAAAAAAGCGAUUUAGAACAGGAUAUGCACGGUCUUGAACAACUGAUAGCCCAUCUAUCUAAGCAAAAGCAUCAUAUUCAAUGUUUAGUCCAUUCGUUCAGCUUAGACUGUGAAAAUUACCGUCGGAUUCUGACAGAAAUCGAACUUAAACAAAUUUAUUUACAGAGGCAAAUUGAUCAAUGUGAAGAUCAACGACAUGUGCAAAUCGAGGAGGAACUAUCAGUGAAGCAGAAAAACCAGUUCCAAUACGAACAAUCAAUUCGCAAACUGAUCGAGGAUCGAGAUCAAAGCGAUAAUGAAAUUCAUAGCCAACAGUCAACACUUCACUUUCUACGAAAUGAACUACAGGAAAAGCAACGAGAUUUGAAGUUAUUAACACAGAUUACUCAAGAUAAAAUGAAUGCGUAUGGUCUAUGGAUGCCAGAUUGCCUAAAAGAGAUCGAAAAUGAUCAGCGAUUUUGUACGAAACCUAUCGGACCCAUAGGUUAUUACAUUCAAUGCCUCGAUCCGUAUUGGAUCUAUCCAGUGGAAAAGCAUCUCACAUCGAUUAUGUCCGCAUUUAUUUGCUCCAGUAGUACAGACGAACAGAUUUUACUUGAAAUCUUCUCAUCAUAUACUUCCGAAAAUCGCCCACCCAUCUAUGUUCGAACAUUUUCCAUUCGAACUCCUGACAUCUCAAGCACCUUAGGACAUGUUCGGAGAGCAAAUCUACUCUCUGUCUACGAUGUUUUGAAGAUCGAUCAUCCAAUAGUUGAAUCUGUCUUGAUCGAUUUCCGACAAAUUGAAAGCACGAUCCUAGUUGAGAAUAUCGAUGAAGUUCGACGGAUCAGACAAGAUGGGUCACUGAAUUGGCACGAAGUUGAUCAAAGGGUGAAACGAGUGGUUGAAGCUUGGACUCAUGACGGCACAAAUAUCAAACUGAAUGAGACGUUUCGAAUAUAUGCAAACGAAAAACAGUCUGUUAAAUAUUUAUCAACAGAUAAUGAACAAUCAGUAUCGAUUGCGGAAUUGCAAAAGGACAUCGACUAUUUUCAUGAACAUAUUCAAGAAAUUAGUGAAUCUCUGGAUCGAAUGAAACUUAACCGAGAAACAACUGUAGAUCAAUUGAAUAAAAUGACAAAAACGAGUGCAGAUAAUGGAAAUAAAAUCAGCGAAUUAAAACAGAAGCUGGAUUACCUCAAUUCUGUACUUCUGCUAGCUCCUGACUGUUCACUUGAGGAACUACGAGAAGAAUCUCAACAACAUGAUGCGCUUUAUACAGAUAACAUUGAGAAAUAUGACCGAAUCAAAGAACAGUAUGAUGAACAUCGUCAGCAUCUGCUACACAUUACAGAGAGUUAUGCAAAUGUAACAAAAAAGCUCGAAAUGAAAACUUAUCAAUAUAAUCUGAUCAUUGAACAUCAUCAGAUUGAACAGACCAAUAGUGACGACUUGCAAAGACGACUGGAGAAUCUAAAGAAAACAUCUGUUCGAUUGAAUGAAAGCAUUCUUCAAUACGAAGCAAAAUUGAAGCAAUUGACUCAACAACGAUCGAAAAAAGUGCAAAAAACCAAUUGCGUUCUUCGAUCGAUUCACGAGAUUGAACAUGAGAUUAACGCCAUUACGACAUUUCUCACAGCAAAUGAAGACACUAAAGAAGAACGUCAAAGUAUCAUUAAUCAAUAUCGCACUCGGCGAGAUGCUGCAAGACAGUACAAGCAAACCUACGAACGAUGUUACCGACAAAUCGAUCAUUUGAAGCAAUUUGUUACUAAACGUCAAGAUAACUUUCUGGCUAUUGCCAAUCGUUAUGAAUAUUAUCUCCAGAGUCAGUUUCAAAGGCUGAUGGAAAAAUACGGCUUUGAUGAUUGUGACAUCAAAAUCGACCACAAGAAAGAAGAAUUAGAAAUUCUAGUCAAGAAAAGUCAGCCAGAUUUAACGACCUUAUCCGGUGGUGAACGAUCUAUAUCAACAUUUUGCUUUCUACUAGCACUUUGCCAGUCGGUCUAUCUGCCAUUCCAGAUAUUCGAUGAAAUUGAUAUUUAUAUGGACAAUGAAAACCUGAGUUCAUCGCUGAAAAUUCUCUAUGAAAAUACUCGACAUUAUUCCACAUCUCAACAUAUUGUUUUCACAUCACAAGCGAUCGAUUCGCAACUGUGGACUCAUUUAGGUGUACCCAUGACUCACAUGCCGACGCCGAAGCGCGCCUACGAAUCAUAG